AUGCGGGAAGGAGAGACGCUGAAGGCCUACUCAGAUAGAUACUGGGAAAUGUAUAACGAGAUCGAAGGGAAAUAUGAUGACGUCGCCAUCAGUACGUUCAAAAGGGGCUUGCCGACAAAACAUGGCUUAAGAAAGUCCCUCACUGGAAAGCCAGUCACCAGCGUGCGCCAACUCAUGGACCGAAUUGACAAGUACAAAAGGGUCAAGGAGGACCAGCAGAUGGGGAAGGGUAAGGCGAAGGUUGUCCCUCAGGAGAGGAGAGACUUCAGGUCAAAACGAUUUAACAACAGUAACAGGCCGAGAAGGGACUAUAUAGAGCAGUCCGGAUCUACUGGGGCUCAGGUAGUCCAUGCUGUAUUCCAAGAACCUCUUCACAAAAUCCUAGAGAAGGUGAAGUAUGAGCCUUUCUUUCAGUGGCCGAACAAGAUGGCUGACGACCCUUCGAAGCGUAAUCAGAACCUGUAUUGCGUGUACCAUCAGGAGCCAGGUCACACUACUGAUGAUUGCAGGAACCUGAAGAACUAUUUAGACCGGGUCGACCAAGAAGGGAAGCUGAGACAUCUGCUACAUUGCCCUGAAGGAUGGCAAGAACCAUCAAACAAUGAAACCAGACAAAGUACGUUGAGGCCACCCAUUGGCACAAUUAAUGUCAUUCUCGCCGCACCUGGAAAGACAGGCUCUGUCCCCUUCAGGGUAAUGUUAGUGAGCAGUUUCCCGACUAAGCCAGACGACAGGGAAUCCAAAAGGGCUAGAAUGAGUGCCACGCCAUUAAUCGGGUUCACGGAAGAAGACAAACAAGGAACUAUCCAACCCCACGAUGAUGCCUUAGUUGUUACGCUCAUAAUAGGAGGUUAUGACGUAAAAAGGGUGUUAGGUGAUCAAGGUAGCGCAGUGGAGAUAAUGUACCCUGAUUUGUAUAGGGGACUGAACUUAAAGCAGGAAAACCUGUCGCCAUACGAUUCCCCCCUGGUUAGCUUUGAAGGAAAGGUCGUCAUCCCGAGAGGCAUGAUUAGGUUGCCUGUGCAAACAAACUUAGAUGUGGUAGAAGUGAACUUCAUCGUCGUAGAUGCAUACUCCCCUUACACAGCCAUCGUGGCCCGGCCAUGGCUUCAUGCGCUAGGGGCUGUGUCGUCAACCUUGCACCAAAAGGUGAAAUAUCCGUCAGGAGGUCAGAUCAAAGAGAUAAUAGGGAACCAGGGAGUAGCUAGGCAAUGCAUGGUGUCGGCAAUCUUGCGGCAGCAGGAUUGCAUAACUUCCGCUUCAGCCGAGAACGGCUUAUAG